AUGGAGGCAAAUCCCGAAGAUUUCGAAUUCAAAUUCGACAAUUUUUCCCCGUACGAUAUCGCAGACGUAGUGAAAGGAUACUUUCGCGACUUACCUGAGCCUCUCAUGACUGGAAAACUUUCACAGACCUUCACCUCAAUUUUUCUCGACAUUCCACCUCAAUACUGGUUAAAAGCAGUUCAACCCGCUAUCAUGCUCCUCCCCGACGAGAAUCGGGAAGUCCUCCAGACUUUGCUGUAUUUUCUGUCCGACGUGGCAGGCAAGUCGGAAGAAAACUCAAUGACGGCUGACAAUCUCGCCGUUUGCUUUGCGCCUUCUCUCUUCCAACUCAACCUCAAUUCCUCUCGCUCAACAGGAAGUUUUCUCCGUCGACGCAACGGCUCAUCAAGCAUGCCCUCGCCUGACGAAAGCACAAGAAUUCAUAACGAGUCCGUGGCCGCGCAUAAAAAUUAUUACCCAAUGCAACCUUGGUGUAAUGGAACAGCCGGAAGAUCUUCUCUAGCGGAGCUAGGAAAUAUGCCAUCUGUUCACCAACUCAACGAGUUUGUCGAAAAGAAACUUCAAACAGACUACAGUAGUUCGAGCUGGUCGAAAUAUCAAUUGAAUGCGAACUGCUCUUCAGUUUCUGUGCAUACACGGAAGUGCGACGACGACAUGCCGCUAAAGCUUUUCCGCUGUCGCAUGACGAUUCAAGGCUGUCCAAAGGCCGUUCUCAAUGCCGUCCUGAACGAAAGAAGCCAGUGGGAUCCCGAUCUUCUCGAAAUGCGCAAUAUUGACAAUUUGGACGACACAUCGGACAUCACGCAAUACGUCACCGGAAGCAUGUCACCACAUCCUCACCGUGACUACGUGGUUUACAGAGCUUGGCGAUAUCGACCAAGCGGCAAGUGUGAGCUUUUCGUCACAAGCACUCGUCAUUCGAAGGCACCUCUAAUCGGCGAUGUGCGGGGAGUGAUUCUCUUGUCUCAAUGGACUAUCGAGCCGCUAGAAAACGGCAAAAGCCAUCUCACGCAUAUAACUCGUUUUGAUACUCGCGGUCGGGAUCCAAAGUGGUAUGAUAGGGUGGCUGGAAAUCAGCUCGCCACGGAAAUACGGCGCAUUCACGAGCACCUGGCAAAGUCGUAA